UCUGCUGUCUGCUGUCUGUCUGUCUGUCUGUUGUUUUGUGUGCAUGUAGAGAGUGAGUGGAAGCGGAGAAACAAAAGACCCUGGACACUUUGUGUGUGUGUGUGUGUGUAUAUGUGUGUGUGAGAAAGACACUGCAUGUUGUAAUGUGACCAAUCUAGAUACUGCCUUUCAUCAUUUGCACUUAUGAAACAGGAGUUUCAUGUCCUUCAGUUAGCUAGUUUUAGUUCAUUAGAGUUGAGAGAAGAUGUCCACUGACUGCCAGAAGACCACUGCCAAGGCCAUCCCGUCGACCAGGAGGGUGACCAUCAACGACGCGACGCACAUGCCCCACGACUACUCCUCUACCCCGGGAGGGACCCUGUUCAGCACUACCCCGGGUGGUACCAGGAUCAUCUACGACCGAAAGUUCCUGCUGGAGUGUCGCAGCUCUCCAGUGGCCAAGACUCCUCCGCGAGGUCUGCCCAAGAUUCCCGGGGUGACCAGUCCUCCCUCUGGAGACACCAACGAGAAGGCCCGUAAUGGAGAACUACUGAACAACAACAACAUCCCUGCACCUGAAAGCAGCAACACUGGUGAUGAUGCACAGUUUGAAAUGGACAUCUAGGUUGUCCUGGAACAAGUAUUAAAGUCAGACUUACCAACAAGAUGCUGUGAAGAGAAGCUCAGGAGCACCUUCUCUUUUCAUCAUCCAUUCCAUGAGGAUGGAGGUUCGCCUUCAGUGUCUCCAGUGUCUUAGUGUUUUUAAAGUCUGUCUUUAUCAAUCUCAUUUGCUUGUUUUGCCCAGAACAAAUCUGUAAUGAAACUUUUUCUGUCUGCCUCAAGGCUUAAACCUGAUUUAUGUGUGACAAAGUGUGCCUUCCUGUAGUGGCUACAAGUUUAAAAUCAACACUGAGUACUUAACACCAACAAAGCCUCAUUCAUAAGAACAGAGAUAAUUGAAAUGAGCUGAAUUUAUAACCAUUCCAGAAGGAUUUGUCACUUGAUGUGCUUUUAUUUCGACACAUUUCCUGACACCUCUCUUCAGAUAUUGCCUUGAAAUGUUCAAGAUACUGUAUAAUUUGUUUUUCCCGAAGUGUCAUACAGAGAAUGUAAAAACAAUUUUGUUGAUCAAAUUUUUUGGAACAGAUUUUCACACGGUUUGUAUGGUGACAAAGCAUUAAAGCAAUUCUGUGCUCCUA